GCACGUGUCCUCCAGAACCCGUUUUUCGCGCGCAAUUUUCGAGGUGGCCAGACAGUUCUGACGAAAACUUUUAUGACACAGUGCAACUGAAUAAUAUAUAUUUUUUGAAAAUGUCCCAGCUCUUCUUUGGAAAGCCAGCACCUACCUUUCAGUCUUGUCAUCAUCAUCCCUCAUCACCCACGGACCCUGAACAAGGACAUGGGCCAGACCAGGACAUCCCUGAUGAGACAUUUUCGUUUGUGACACUGGACGAAAGCCAUGGACAGCAAAGUGAGGACUCCGGCAUCGACAUUUCAAACAUCUCCAAUAGACGUGACGUACACAACAGUACUUCCAGCGAGCUCCCAGGUGAGGAGAGUACGACUGUUCUCAGUUCAACGAUAGAGGAGAUAGGGAAGAAGGCCCAGGAUCUGAUAGAGCGAAUCAACCAGAGCCGAGCCAUGGACCAGGAAAUCAUGACCACCUUCGAGAACAAGUUAAUGAAUAAGGUGAGUGAGGUGUGCCAGCAGGUGAAGGAGCAGAUGUUCAGCAGCUAUGAGGAGCAUGGCCGUGGGAUGGAGGCCAAUCUGCAGGAGCUGUCUGAGGUACUGGAGAGGAGUAGUCAGCUCAGUAUGGAGCUACAGGGAGCCAGUCAGACCUUAUCAGCCAUCAACAACAGCCUGCAGCAGACAGCUGAGAACUGACAUCUACUCAGCCAUUAAUUUAUUUUAACUGCCUUAACUGAUUUCUGGGAGGUCUGGAAUAAUUAAAGCAAUGCCUUGUUUGUUUGACUGUGGUAUAUGUCAAAUAGAACAUAAAACAGUGGUUGUAAACUGAGGUGUUGGAAGAAGCAUUUGUUUAUAAAAUGAUUUAUUACAUAACUAGUGUGGAUAUUUUUGUUCAUACCUAUGACCAAAUAGCAUUAUAGAGCAGAUUUACUGAGCCAGAAUAUACAUUUAACAUGCUGUCAUAAAGAGCAGAGAACUUCAUAAAAAGUUUUAUCAAAAGACGUAAAAAAAAAAUAAUUACUAUAGUAAGUGCAUAUUAAGUGCCAAAUAAAGUAACAGGUUUGAUGACUUUUUAAAGCAGCCAUAAAAUCCCUUGUGACGGGGGAAUGGAAGCUUGUGUGCAACAGAGUGGCAAUUGAAUGCAAGCUUCACCCAACAAAUUAAAUUGUUAAAACAUCUCUAGCUUAUCUAUCCAUGGGUAACUGGGUUGACGUGUUAUUCUCGACCCACUCAAUUUUCCAUCACAAAACACUAGAAAAAUGGCCAAAAAGAGUAGAACCCUAACCCUAUAAAACGAGUUCAGUUCACAUAAGUGUUGACCUUAAAAUGACGUACAGAUAUAAAUUAAUCACAUAAAAUAAAUAUUUGCGAUUGACCUUGUCAAAGCAACAAAAUAACAGCUUCACAACGAUGGUGAAAACUUGAGGUUAAGUGCAUUAAAAUCUUCCAGAAGUCAGAGUGCACAGAGGGGCAUGUCAACAUACAAAAUGUAGGCAAUUUAGCAAGUCUUUAUUCAUAAUAGAAAUCUGAUUUAUUGAAUACUCCAUGUGGUCUAUAUUAAAGGGCACUUCAUUUAAUGUAACAGGCUUUUAAAAUUCAAUAGUGGUGCACAAUUUCUAUAUCAAAAUACACUUCAUGGAAUCCCCCCCAUCUUUUUUGAUUCACUUUAUAAAACACUCCAUGUUACUUCAAAUAGGAACAUUCAAAACACUACCAUGAAAUGAUGGAUAAGUAAUCCAAAAAUCCCCCAACCACCCUGGAUUAAAUGGACCACCUGUUGAUGACAAUUACAUUUAUAAACAAGAGACUAAUUUAGCAUUAGAUAGUGAGCAUUACUACAACACUAUUAAUUUGCCAGCAAAAGGAAAUUGCACCAACCAUGAAAGGACUGCAAUAAGAGUUAUUUGUGAAAAGCUUGAAUUAACCUUUGACAUUGCAAUUCAAACCAUGCAUAACAUUUACACCUGGUUGAGUUCUGAGGAGGGCAAACUUAAUAAAGUGCAAACAGCAUUCAUUGUCCUGUACCCCCAAAUACAAAUCUCAGAUCUGCCUAAAUGGUAAGUCACAAAUACAACUAUUCAAUUACAAAAAAAAGCAAUGGCAUGAUUAUUUAACCUGCUUUGAUUUAUUUACUUAAUUUAACUUCAAUUGAUUUAACUUUUUUUUUUUUCAACUCUAACAGUAAAUGCAGUAUCAAUUAUUUGGCACUCAAUUACCAAUAACUGGUCAUUAGUACCAUCACAGUUCUAAAAACUCAGGACAUGCGUAUGGAUCGUGACCUCAUUUUAAAAUGUUUGUCCAACAACCAUUUUACUACAAAUGUUGUGAGGAAACGAGUGAUUCAUUCGGAACCAUUUUAACUUCCACCGUAUAGUAAACUAUUUCAAACACAUUGUAGACAGAAAUUGUCCAAACAAACCAGUAAGUACUAGGAUUUUAUGACAGAGUAGAAAAAUAGCUUUGUUUUUCAAGUUGAAAUAAUUACACUCAUGAAUUGUCCAGGAAAUCGACGAUAGACUUGCCUUUAAAACCCAACCUGGUCUUUCUCAUAAAAUAAAGAUUUAGGACUGGUUUCCCGGACAAAGACUAAGCCUAGUCCUGGUCUAAAAAGCUAUUUCAAUCGAGAUUCUCCAUUGACCAUGCUUUUUAGUCCAGGACUAAGCUUAAUCUGUGUCCAGAAAACCAGCCCAUAUUCUACAAACUCAAGAGAGAGGAAA